UUCGUCAGCUUGUUUCACCUCCGCCGGCGUUUCUUGUCCUCUCCACAUUUCUCUAGAUUUUCCCAACGCUUCCAUAUUCAUACACAAACGGUUUUCAGAUUCAAAACUCGUCGUCCAUGGAUUCAUCGACCUCAAUCACAACUUCCGAUUCGCCCUACCGACUUCUCCUUACAGCUGCCUCUCUGAUUCCCAUUUCUCAUUACUUGUUGGGUUUCCUAUUCAUUUGUUUGGUUUAUUUGUACAAUUUCCUCGAGAUUCAUUUUCUUGGAGACCUUUUCACCGGUUUCACUGGACAGCCCGUGUCGUUGAUCUUCAAUUCUUGCUCCGAUGUCUACCAAGAAGUCGUCUCCAAGUGUCCAAUUCUUCAUGGAAGGUAUUUGUCAACUCCAUGGCUUUCUAGUCCUCAUCUUCAGACAUUUUUUUUGAGCUUCUUUGGUCAGCCUCCUACGUUCAACUACAGAAGACAGCUAUUUCAUUUGUCUGAUGGUGGAACAAUGGCUUUGGAUUGGCUGAUGAAUUCUAACGGAUGCAAACCCACGAAUAUCAGCUGCCAAAAGGGAUCACAAAUUGACACUCUGAAACCUCAUAACGGCAAGCCUCAGCUUCAUUUCAUAGCAUGGUUUACAAACCAUUCAGAGCCAUUAUUCACCUUGAUAUAUGAGAUUACAAUGAAAAAGUUGCAAUCUGAAUUGGAAACAAAAGAGAAUAGUAUUUAUGCUUUUGAAGAAGAGCUUAAUGAAUCAAUUUCCAAUAACAAGUCUCUGGAGAAGAGACAAUUUUCGGUAAAAUAUCUGGGCGAGGAUGAUGUUAAAACCCCUAUUGCUGGUGCUGCAGCUGUCUGUUCUCCUUGGGACCUUUUGAUAUGUGACAGGUUUAUUAACCGUAGGAUGGCGCAGAAGUUCUAUGACAAAGUUCUAACUAUUGGCCUAAAAGGUUAUGCUCAGUUGCACCAGACCGUCAUAUCCCGUCUUGCAGAUUGGGAAGGCAUUGAAAAGUCACGUUCUGUUCGAGACUUCGACAAUUAUGCAACUCGAGUCCUUGGAAAAUAUGAGACGGUGGAUACAUAUUACAGGCACAACAGUAGCACUAAUUUUGUGGGUAAUGUAAUGGUGCCACUUCUCUGCAUCAGCACUCUAGAUGAUCCAGUCUGCACAAGAGAAGCCAUCCCUUGGGAUGAAUGCAGGGCAAAUAAAAACAUUGUUCUAGCUACUACGCAUCAUGGAGGACACCUAGCAUUUUACGAAGGGAUAGCUGCGAAGAGCCUCUGGUGGGUUAGGGCUGUUCAUGAAUUCUUCAGUAUUCUGCACUCGAGUUCAUUAAUUCACAGGAAAGAGGCAGAGAUGCAAAUUCCUCCUCAAGAAUCUUCGAUUGACCAAGGUCCAUAUGUAAAUAUUACGGAAGAUGGGAUGGUGACUGCAUUGGGCAAUGAGCAAACAAGUGUUGAAGAUGUACACGAUGAGCCUACAAUUCAGAGUGAGAAGGUCAAAGAUGCAACUCCAAAAAGAACAUGUUUGGCAGACGCCCCUCCACAGCCCCCAGGACAAGAUAUCAACGAUGUAGUUAUUCCUGUAAGAAGAUACAUGGAUCAGCUUUCACGACACAGCAGGAAAUCAAUUUGGCUGCUAGCCUACAUUGCCAUCAUAACAACGUGGCCACUCGUGGGCUCGGCGCUUACACUCUUCUUGAGGAAAAAGUUCGCUAAUCUCUUACCAGCAGUCUUGCGGAGGAGAUAGAAUUUUAAUUCUCUUCUUGCUGAAUAGAAUAAGACACUGAGAUCUAAGGACACUAAGAAAUCAAUAAGUGACACCAAUUUAGGUGGGCAUGAAAUUCUUUCACAGUAUAUUGGAACAAGAGACCUAUAUUCACUAGUAUGUUUUUGAUGAUAAGUGCAAUAUGGAUAUACAAUAUCAGAUGGAAAACAUGUUAAAAGAACAGAUAUUCUUCUUGUAAGCUGUUCGUGUUUUCUUCUAAAAUGAUCUUUUCAUCUUUUUGUUUUGAUAGCAGUUACAUGUGGACGAUUCUCAGACAAUAUCUUGUAGUGAUUUUUUAGGUUCUCAGGAACCCUACAUGUAUACUACACUAUCAAUUUUCCAGGACA